UUUGCCCAAACUAUUUCUUCACAGAGAUGGAUGAAGCAAUAAUGCAUAUCAUUGAGGGGUGGGGGAAUUUUGGAGUCAAACCUCUUUGUAAAAAUCAUUUUGGAAUGUUAGAUAAUUAUUUUGGUGUAUCAAAAUGGUGUGCGGAUUGCUUGGAAUUUAUGUUCUCUGGAGCAGGCGGAGAAGUUAUGACACCAAAUGAUGAAAGCACUUUUAAUUUUUGUUUAUAUGUCUGUAAGGAUUGUAUAAAACUUACGAAUUAUAGAAAUUACACAUACAGACAUACUAUACGGUUAAGACUUUACUCAUACAUUUAUUAA